AUCUUCAGGGUUUGCCCCCCAACACAGGCCAAUUGGCCGACGGGUACGGUUGCGCAUCCGGGGCAGGGCAGCCGAUCAACCCGCGCUUCCGCAGCCACACCACCAGUAUCUGUCCUUGGCCGUUGUGCCCCCCGAAUUCAGAGAUAUCUUCGAUUGCAGUCCACCAUUGCAAGGAAGACUGCAGCAAGUAGCAUAGCAACUAGCAAGCCCUUUAUAGUCAGUUCCUAUAUGUACCACGUACAAGUUGUCUGCUGCUGAUUGUAGUGGCAUACUCUUUUCUCUUGCUCCCCGCUUGGAACUGAGACGGUCCACGCCGCUCGAAUGUCGACGGAGAGGAGGGCGAGGCGAAACGGUUCCAUGGCCGGCGGAGGAGGAGGCCGGGUGCGCGGUGUGGAGGUGAAACGGGCGGCGCCGCAAGGGCAGAGCUCGCCUGCCGCUUCCGCGGGGUACUUCACGGCGGAGCUGGCUGUGCUGUUCCUCUGCCUGAUCGCGCUGCUGGUGUUCCUGCCGCUGGUCCUACCGCCGCUCCCGCCGCCGCCGAUGCUGCUGCUGCUGGCCCCCGUGGGGCUUAUGGCCGUCCUAAUCGCGCUGGCGUUCGUGCCGUCCGACAGCCGGAGCAUCGCCUCGUCGUGCCAUUGAAGAGGACGGCGCGCGGUAGUAGGAGUUAAGAAAUCAUUUUGCUUUUUGUUUCGAAUUGACGUUUUUUUUUUUGCGAUGGGUAUCGACGGUUUUGUUAACUGCUAACACGAUCCAGGUAGAGAAAUCAGAGCUUUAUUUAAUCACGUGCGACCGUCAAAGAAUAUACUCUGUGCGUCAAGGAUUUGUACAACUACGUUGUGGAAAUUAGGAUUUGUCCAAGUGCUAAAGCU